AUGCUUGAUGGUUUCAUAGAAAGCUUGCAGAAACAAAACGCCGGUGGUCAGCAACCAGCCGAAAAGGACAUCUUCGAAAAGGUUACUUUUAUAAAGCAAAGAACGUCGGUUCCCAAUCAUGAACAUAUCACUGGCGAACAGCUUACACAAAUGUUUAUCAUUCAUGAGAAUGUGGCCAAACUGGCGGAAUAUAUCAAUUCAGCAUAUUCGCUGCAGGUGAUAGCGAUCGUUUCAGUAGCAUUCGUAAAUAUGCUAUUUGCGUUCUUCAUCGAAACCAAGCUACUCUUCUGGAACAUAAACAUGACGGAUCUGAUUGUACAAGCGGCUCGUUAUGGCUUUGAAUGGAUUCCUGGGUGUUUGCUUAUCUACUACAUGCUAAUUGUAUGCGCUUCCACACAUACUGAACUUUUCAAAUCAGCUACAUUGUUGCACAAACUGUUGCAGUACAAAUCAAACAUCUUCAUCGAUGAUCAACCGCUUUUUGAACGAGCGAAAGCCAUCGCACUGCAGUUGUUGCACCGUAAAAGAGUUUCGCUUUUCGACGGCAGUGGGCUGUUCAAGCUGGACUUUACGUUCAUUUUCUCGAUAUUUAGCGCUGCAACGUCAUACUUGAUCGUGCUGCUACAAUUCGACCUGUCGAAAGAUCUACAGAAGGCUACACUUUAG